GGGUAGUAUAAAGAUUGCUGUCUCCUUUGUUCGCCCUCGUUGCGCAGUAUUCCUAGCGUCAUUUCGUUCCGUUUCAAGAAUCCGGCAGCUGUCACUGAAGCGGUGAAGGUCCUGUCAACGAGCUCACAGGAGCUUGAGACCGUCGCAGUCCCCUCGGACUCCCAUCGGUUGGAAGAAAAAAUGGUUGAAGCAGAUCGCCCAGGAAAGCUCUUUAUUGGUGGGCUCAAUACAGAGACAAAUGAGAAAGCCCUUGAAGCAGUAUUUGGCAAAUAUGGACGAAUAGUGGAAGUGCUUUUGAUGAAGGACCGAGAAACCAACAAGUCCAGAGGAUUUGCUUUUGUCACUUUCGAAAGCCCAGCAGAUGCAAAGGAUGCUGCCAGAGAUAUGAAUGGAAAGUCCCUAGAUGGAAAAGCCAUCAAGGUGGAGCAAGCCACCAAACCAUCAUUUGAAACUAGCAGACGUGGACUACCUCCACCUCCAAGAAGCAGAGGUCCUCCCAGAGGCCUUCGAGGAGGAAGAGGAGGAAGUGGAGGGACUAGAGGACCACCCUCACGUGGAGGACACAUGGAUGAUGGUGGCUAUUCCAUGAAUUUUACCAUGAGUUCUUCGAGGGGACCUCUUCCAGUAAAAAGAGGACCACCACCACGAAGUGGGGGUCCUCCUCCUAAAAGAUCAGCACCUUCAGGACCAGUUCGUAGCAGCAGUGGAAUGGCGGGAAGAGCCCCUGUGUCACGUGGAAGAGAUAGUUAUGGAGGCCCACCACGAAGGGAGCCCCUUCCCUCUCGCAGAGAUGUUUAUUUGUCCCCGAGAGAUGAUGGAUAUUCCACUAAAGACAGCUAUUCAAGCAGAGACUACCCAAGUUCUCGAGAUACCCGUGAUUAUGCACCACCGCCAAGAGAUUAUCCUUACCGUGAUUAUGGUCAUUCCAGUUCACGUGACGACUACCCAUCAAGAGGCUAUAGUGAUAGAGAUGGAUAUGGUCGGGAUCGUGACUAUUCAGAUCAUCCAAGUGGAGGUUCCUACAGAGAUUCAUAUGAGAGUUAUGGUAACUCACGUAGUGCUCCACCUACACGAGGGCCCCCGCCAUCUUAUGGUGGAAGCAGUCGCUAUGAUGAUUACAGCAGCUCACGUGACGGAUAUGGUGGAAGUCGAGACAGUUACUCAAGCAGCCGAAGUGAUCUCUACUCAAGUGGUCGUGAUCGCGUUGGCAGACAAGAACGAGGGCUUCCCCCUUCUAUGGAAAGGGGGUACCCUCCUCCACGUGAUUCCUACAGCAGUUCAAGCCGCGGAGCACCAAGAGGUGGUGGCCGUGGAGGAAGCCGAUCUGAUAGAGGGGGAGGCAGAAGCAGAUACUAGAAACAAACAAAACUUUUGGACCAAAAAAAAUCCCCAUUCAAAGAAACAAACAAAAAUGGAAACUUUCUGUCAUAAACUUCCCAAGGACUACUAAAAGGAAAAAUUGUGUUACCUUUUUAAAAUUUCCUGUUCCCCUUAAUAAUUUUUAUGUUCUUGUGAGGGAAAAAGUAAGACGUGUUUAAUUUUAUUUGAUAUUAUGAGUUGCUUUCAACAAGCAAAUGUUAAAUGUGUAAGCCUUGACUUGUACUAGUGUUGUAAUUUUCCAAGUAAAAAUGUCCCUGAAGGCCAUUUCCUGAUUUUUCCCAGUUAAUGAGGAAAGCAAUCCUAAGAUCUUCCACAAACAUUAAGCCAUCUAUAUGUCCUGUGGUCUCCACUGAGCGAUGAAUCGCCCUGCCUGUGCUAUUAGAGAGGGUUGGUUGGGUGUUGCUGCUCUUAGGAUUUCAUGAUUUCAGGGUGUCUUCCAAGUGAAACCUCAAUGCUCACAGUAUAAAAAAAAACCUGAGAUCAGAUUCCUAGGAAUGUGCUGUUUACCCAGAAACCCCAAAAAGCAAAUGGAUGCAGGCCGUAUUUUGCUUUUCUGACAUUUCCUUGGGAAUCUACAAGGACCUCCCUUUUCCCCUCCCUUAGUAAGACCAUUUAAGUGUGUGUUAAACAACUACAGAAUACUAAAUAAAAAGUUUGGCCAAAACCAACCAUGAAGCUGCAAAA